UUCAGUAUUUAUCGGGACGCUAAGUGAUAAGCAUUGCGGUGUCGAACUGAGGUUUAAUAUCGAAGAAAAAUGGGCCCACUUACACUAAUGUCGAUUUUUCAAAUCAUUGGAUGGCUUUCAGUCAUUGGUGUAGUUUUCUUUCUCUACGCUUGUGUAUACAAAAACUGGUCAUACUUUAGCGAUCAUAAUAUCACCUACGAUCGUGGAAUACCACUUUUGGGAUCUAUGUGGGACUCACUUACCGGUAGUCGUUCCUUUGUUGAUUCGGCGAAACGGAUUUACGACAAAUAUCCAAACGAAAAGUUUUUCGGAAUGUAUGACAAUUUCGGACAGCCAGGCUACGUCAUUCGUGAUCCCGAAUUGAUAAAACAAAUUGCCAUCAAGGACUUUGAUAGCUUUCGAAAUCAUUCGUUCUCUAUACCGGAGCACUGUGACUCACUGUUCGGACGAUCAUUAUUUUCAAUGACCGAUCAGCGAUGGAAGGAUAUGCGGACAACUUUGAGUCCUGUUUUCACGGGAAGCAAAAUGCGUGUUAUGUUUUCACUAAUCGGUGAAGUAUCGCAAAGGUUUUGCACAUUUUUGAAAUACGAAUUAGUAGAUGGAUCACUGGAAUGUGAUGUGAAAGACCUGUUUAGUCGAUUCUCUAAUGACGCAAUUGCUUCCGCUGCUUUUGGAAUGGAGAUUAAUUCGCUAAAAGAUCGCUCUAAUCACUUUUUCAAAACUGGCGAAAGUCUUUCGUCCAUGUUCGAUGGGUUUUCAUCGAUUGUGAAAAUUGUGACAAUGAUUGCUGCACCAAAACUUGCGAACAUCCUGGGUAUGAAACUUAUAACUGAAAAAGAUGCGCAAUACUGUCGCGACAUAGUUAAAAGCAAUAUGGAGCAUCGUGAGAAAAAUAACAUUGUCCGUAACGAUGUUAUCCAGCUGUUAAUGGAUGUAAGGAAAGGACUGCUCACCGACAACACUGACGAUGUGGAAGAGAGCGGUGACAUUGGCUUUGCUACCGUGAAAGAUCAAACGGAACAGUUGGGAAACAAGAUUCAGAAAUGGGAAGAAGAUGACUUGGUCGCACAAUGUAUGCUGUUCUUUCUUGGUGGAUUUGCUACGGUUUCAUUAACAAUUUCAUUUAUUGCUCACGCAUUGGCUGUGUAUCCGCAGGUACAGGAACAAUUACUUGACGAAAUCAAGCGAACCGAAGAAAAACUCGACGGAAAAGCGUUGAACUAUGACGCUUUGCAGAACAUGAAAUAUCUUGACAUGAUUGUGUCAGAAACUAUGCGUAUGUGGUCACAGGGCGGUAUAAGUGAAAGAAAGGCAAACAAACCAUUUGAUUUACAUGACGAUAAAGGAUCCAAAAUCACGGUUGAAGUUGGUCAAGCAGUUUUGUUCCCAAUGCACGGCCUUCACAGGGAUGCCAAAUGGUUCCCCGAACCCGACAAAUUUGAUCCGGAACGAUUUAGCGAUGAAAAUAAGGGGAACAUAGUUUCAGGAACGUAUGCUCCAUUCGGUUUGGGGCCGAGGGCAUGCAUUGCCUCACGAUUUGCUUUAAUGGAAUGUAAGGCCUGCAUCUAUCAUUUAGUUAAACUGUAUCGUUUGGAGCCAUCAUCAAAAACACAGCACCCGAUUAAAUUGAAGGCGGGUGUCGGUAAUACGGAAGCAGAAAAAGGUUUUUGGCUACGAAUUUCGUUGAGACAAUAAAAUCAUUAUUUUGGUUUAAAAGAUACAAUACAAAGUCGAUGGAUGAAUUUUGAUUUGGAAUCAUAAUCCAUUUGUUUUGCGAUAAAUAGUUUGGCUACAGAUUA